UUUGGGGCUAGUUUCCUAGUCGCAGUAGAAUGCUCAGAGAAUACACGCUCUCCCUGCCUCCGAAGCUGCGUUUUAUUUGUACACUAAUUGCCAACCAAAUCCUUCAGCUGCUACUCUCUUACUCUCUCCAUCCACAGAAGUUCAAAUCAACCCGUUCUCUCCCUCACUCUCCAAUUCCUCUCAACCGAUUUCAUCUCCCGCACUUUGACCUCUUUCUCCUCUCCUUCAAUGGCGUCGGCGCCGGCAGCAGCCCUAACCCGAGACCAGUACGUCUACUUGGCGAAGCUCGCAGAGCAAGCCGAGCGCUACGAGGAGAUGGUGAGCUUCAUGGAGAAGCUCGUCACGUCCUCCACCCCAGCCUCCGAGCUCUCUGUCGAGGAGCGGAAUCUUCUCUCCGUCGCUUACAAGAACGUGAUUGGCUCCCUCCGCGCCGCCUGGCGUAUCGUGUCUUCCAUUGAGCAGAAAGAGGAAGGCAGGAGGAAUGAUGAGCACGUUGGGCUCGUUAAGGAGUACAGAUCCAAAAUCGAGACCGAGCUUUCGGCCGUCUGCGCCGGGAUUCUGACUAUUCUCGACUCCAAUUUGGUUCCCUCCGCCGUUGGGAGCGAAUCCAAGGUCUUCUACUUGAAGAUGAAGGGGGACUACCAUCGCUACAUGGCGGAGUUCAAAGUUGGAGAUGAGAGGAAAUCUGCUGCUGAGGAUACUAUGAUGGCUUACAAGGCUGCUCAGUUUGCUUGUCUAAAGGAUAUUGCUUUAGCUGAUCUUGCUCCAACCCACCCUAUAAGACUAGGGCUAGCGCUCAACUUCUCGGUGUUCUACUAUGAGAUCCUCAAUUCAUCAGAGAAAGCUUGUACCAUGGCCAAACAGGCUUUUGAGGAAGCAAUUGCUGAACUGGAUUCAUUGGGUGAGGAAUCUUACAAGGACAGCACUCUCAUUAUGCAACUGCUCCGAGACAACCUCACUCUCUGGACUUCAGAUAUGCAGAUAGAUGAGGCAUAGACUGAACCAGAUUGUUUUCGCUAUUGGGGUGAUUGGUGGGGCAAGAAAGACAAUGGCCUGUAUAACUUAUAUAUGUGUUUCCUAGUUGUUCUGUCAACUGCAUAUAUCUCUCUCCGUUUGCUCUAGAAGUACUCAUAUGGUGAGAAACUCCCUUUGCGUCUCUCUUACGAAUAGAAUUUGGAUUCCCAGUUGAUCGAUCGAUUGACUGAGUUUCCCUUUUAUGACUGUAAUUUCUUGUGUUUUCUGCUCUUCUGUAAUGUUUCUGCUUGCACCCGAUGUCGUGUGAACUCUUCAUUAUUCCUAUGAGGUGGUCGUGCAUACUCGUGAAGCAACAGUGGGGUGAAGCUACCUGCCUUCUAGUGACUAGCUUUCCUUCUUUAGUUAGGACUAGGAGCCACUAGACAACGUUCACAGUUAUUAGGGCUGAAAGUGGGAUUGUUUUCAAUCAAUUAACUCAGGUCCUCCCACUUCAUCAC